AUGAGGCUGAAUCCACUCAAAUGUGCCUUCGCCAUGGAAGCUGGCAAGUUCCUAGGAUUUAUGAUAACUCAGAGAGGGGUAGAAGCCAACCCGGAGAAGUGUCAAGCGAUACUCCAGAUGAAGAGCCCAGGUUGUAUCAAGGACGUCCAAAGGCUGGCGGGGCGGCUGACCUCAUUAUCCCGGUUUCUCGGGGCAUCGACGACAAAGGCCCUACCGUUCUUUAACCUCAUGAAGAAAGGGAUGGCGUUCGAGUGGACGCCCGCAUGUGAGGAAGCCUUUCGGCACUUCAAGGAAAUUCUGGCGGCUCCGCCUGUGCUCGGGAAGCCAAAGGACGGGGAGCCGUUAUACCUAUACCUCGCCAUAACAGGAGAAGCCCUGGCCGCAGUUCUGGUGCGGGAAGAAGGGAGGGCUCAACAACCAGUCUAUUUCAUAAACAGAGCCCUGCAAGGGGCAGAGUUAAGGUACAGCAAACUGGAAAAGCAAGCUCUAGCACUCUUGACCUCCUCACGAAGGUUAAAGCAAUACUUCCAAAGUCACCAGGUUGUCGUAAGAACGGACCAGGGAAUCCGGCAAGUACUUCAAAAACCCGACUUGGCAGGAAGAAUGAUGACUUGGUCCAUCGAACUUUCCCAAUACGAUAUACGAUACGAACCCCGGCAAGCCAUCAAGGCGCAGGCGAUGGCAGAUUUUCUGGUAGAAGUAACGGGGGAUCCAACCGAAGAGACGAGCACACGGUGGAAGCUCCACGUGGACGGAGCCUCCAACCAGACAUUUGGGGGUGCCGGGAUCAUCCUGGAAAGCCUGGUUGGGGUAGUAUACGAGCAGUCGAUCAGGUUCGAAUUUCCCAUCUCGAACAACCAGGCAGAAUACGAAGCCCUUAUAGGGGGCUUAACCCUAGCAGCGGAAGUCGGAGCGACAAGGCUGGAAAUAUGCAGCGAUUCUCAGGUCGUCACCUCCCAGGUAAACGGGAGCUACCAAGCCAAAGACUCGUUAUUACAAAAGUACUUGGAAAAAGUCAAAAACUUAAGCCAAAAAUUUGAGGAGGUCACGGUCCACCACGUUCCUAGAGAAAGGAACACACGGGCAGUUCUCCUAUCAAAGUUGGCCAGCACUAAACCGGGAGAAGGCAACCGGUCUCUCAUCCAAGGCAUGACGAGAGAGCCAGCGGUCACUUUGCACGUGUCAAGACUGGGCUCUUCAUGGCUAGACCCUAUCACCAGCUUCCUAGAAAAUGGCAAACUCCCUGACGACGAAAAGGACGCGGCGAAACUGAGAAGGGAAGCAGCCAAAUACGCGGUCAUCCAAGGACAACUAUUCAAGAAAGGACUCAACCAGCCCCUGCUGAAGUGCUUACACCCCGACCAAAAGGACUACGUCCUCAGGAAAGUCCAUGAAGGCUGCUGCGGACACCACAUAGGAGGUAAGGCCUUGGCAAGAAAAUUAAUUCGAGCCGGAUACUAUUGGCCGUCAAUGAUGGCAGACUCCAAGGAGUUCGUAAAAAAAUGUGUGAAGUGUCAAAAGAACGCCAAUUUCCACAGGGCACCGGCCUCCGAGUUAAGCCUGUUAACGUCCUCCCGGCCAUUCUCUCAAUAG